GUCUUUCUUAGCGCUGCACUUCUUGAGCAAGCUUGGCACUGCCUCAGGGACCUUCUUCAGAGCCAUUUUCAGAAACCCAAGCUUCUUCUGAUUGGGUUCAGAUCUGCCUUGAGGAGCCUGUAGAUUUGAAAAUGAACCCCACGGAUAUAGUAGACACCACCGUGGAUGAAAGCAUCUAUAACAAUUACUAUCUCUAUGAAAAUAUCCCCAAACCUUGCACCAAAGAAGGCAUCAAGGCAUUCGGGGAGCUCUUCCUGCCCCCACUGUACUCCUUGGUCUUUCUGUUUGGUCUGCUUGGGAAUUCCGUGGUGGUUCUGGUCCUGUGUAAGUACAAGCGGCUCAAGUCCAUGACUGACGUGUACCUGCUCAACCUUGCCAUCUCGGACCUGCUCUUCGUGUUCUCCCUCCCUUUCUGGGGCUACUACGCUGCAGACCAGUGGGUUUUUGGACUCGGUCUCUGCAAGAUUAUUUCCUGGAUGUACUUGGUGGGUUUUUACAGUGGCAUAUUCUUCAUCAUGCUCAUGAGCAUCGAUAGAUACCUGGCGAUUGUACAUGCGGUGUUUUCCUUGAGAGCGAGGACCUUGACUUAUGGGGUUAUCACCAGCUUGGCCACAUGGUCGUUGGCUGUAUUCGCCUCCCUUCCAGGCCUUUUAUUCAGCACUUGUUACACUGAGCACAACCAUACCUACUGCAAAACCAAGUACUCUUCCAACUCCACGAGGUGGAGGGUUUUGAGCUCCCUGGAGAUCAACGUUCUAGGACUGGUGAUCCCCUUGGGGAUCAUGCUGUUUUGCUACUCCAUGAUCAUCAAGACCUUGCAGCACUGUAAAAACGAGAAGAAGAACAAGGCAGUGAAGAUGAUCUUUGCGGUCGUGGUCCUCUUCCUGGGGUUCUGGACACCCUACAAUGUGGUGCUCUUCCUGGAGACCCUGGUGGAGCUAGAGGUCCUUCAGGACUGCACCUUUGAAAGACACUUGGACUAUGCCAUUCAGGCCACAGAGACCCUGGCUUUUGUUCACUGCUGCCUUAAUCCAGUCAUCUACUUUUUCCUGGGAGAAAAAUUUCGCAAGUACAUCGUAAAGCUCUUCAAAACCUGCAGGGGCCCUUUUGUGCUCUGCCAAUACUGUAGUUUCCUCCAAAUUUACUCCUCUGACACCCCCAGCUCGUCUUACACGCAGUCCACAGUGGAUCAUGAUCGCCACGAUGCUCUGUAAAAAAUGAAAAUGCAAAAAGCAGAGUUAAUAGUCUUCCCAAAUUAAGAGCUUACUUAGAAUUGUAUUAUAAUAAGAGUUCCCUGAGUAAGAGUCAGGAAGAAGACUUACAUCCAUCGCGGACAGUGGGCUUCUCACCCCGCAGUCAGCUUUCCUCUAGCCACAUACAGGUUCAGUGCGGCAAGAGUUCAGCGGACGGAGGCGUCCUUCCUCACGCCAGGCUUUCCUGCAGGGAUAAGUGACCUUGAGAAGACUUCUGAGCAGCAUUUCAGUGAGGUUAUAGAUAAUAUUGGAGGGGAAGACCACUCCCUUCUAAUUUGAACUAGUGGGGUUCUCCAGAGGGAAUCGCAGAGAAUUGACCGGUGGAGUAAAUCGUUACUUCCUGCUGUGAAAAAUGUGCCCUUUAAUGAAUUUCUCACUUUUGUGGAACCAUAUAGAAAACUUUGACAUGCUGUCUUAGUGUUUUUCUAAUAAUAUAUCUGAAGCAUGGUAUAUUUCAUGAAGACAGGUGUAUGCAGAUGAGAAUAGUGAAGCAAUGAACUUAGAUCUUGGUUCUUUUAUUGUAAAGGAUUAUUUGUUAAUGGAAGCCAAACUUUUUAUGCUGAUUACAAGUAUAAGGCUAUGAAGGCAUUAGCAUGGUCUGAUUUCCAAACAUGUAACACAAGGCAUUAAAAAAAUCCAAACAUACUUGUGGAAAUUCAAACGCAGUUUCAUAAGGUUGUGAACAUGUUUUAAUUAUAACAGAUGAAUAUUCAAAAUUUAAAAAUAAUAUAUAGGCCCAGAUACUUUUAUUUGGGGUCUUUUACUUGUUUACCAACAGUGCCUUCAGAAGUAAAAAGAACGAGGACUAAUUAAGUGUGACUUCCUUAAUCAUUUUGAAGUGCCUGCCCUGCUGAUGUGGCAUAAAAAUGACAGUCAAAAACUUAUGAAAUUGUGAAAAGUAUCAUCCUCUCUUUUAAAGUUUUGGUCCUGGUUUUUAGCUUUUGGAUGACUCCAUAGUUCAGUCAGUCAUUUCUUACAAGUCAUUUUAAUCAUGUAAUUAAUCAUUUUAUAUCAUUAAGAUAAAUCUCUGUUCUCACCCACAGCCUUAAUUAAUCAGAAUUAAGUAAAGAAUUUAACAAAGUCUGAGGAGACCUGUAAUCCCUCCAAAACAAGAAACCCAUCUUGCAUAUUAUUAACUGAAUUAACCAGUUUAAAAUGCUUUCAUAUGGUACUGUCCCAGUGGCGCAGUGUUUAGGUUCCUGCACUCUGCUUCAGCAGCCCGGGGUUCGCAGGUUCGGAUCUGGGGCACGGACCUGGGCACUGCUUAUCGAGCCUUGCUGUGGCAGGGGUCCCACAUAUAAAAAUAGAGGAAGAUGGGCAUGGAUGUUAGCUCAGGGCCAAUCAUCCUCAGGAAAAAGAGGAGGACUGGCAACGGAUGUUAGCUCAGGGCUAAUCUUCCUCACUGGGAAAAAAAAAUGCUUCUGUAAGUUUACACAUUAUUGCAUGCUCUACAUUUAUAAAGAAUGCAUUUCCAGAAAAUUUAUUUUCAGGAAAGUGAUUUUAGAAGGGUAAGUUGAUGUUGCCUUUAUAGAAAAAAAAUAGA